AUGUCUUCCGUUAAGUUCGACGGUUCGUACAAGUUGUUCGAGCCGGAAGUGCACUCUGAGAGGCCGUUCAUCGUGGGAGUAGACGAAAGACUCGACUCGCCAGAGACUGCAGCUCUCAAGUACGAGGAAGCAAUCGCCAGAGCAAACGGCGGAGACGUUCGCGGAGUAACACCGCCAGGCCUCAUCUCGAUGGCGACGUACGCAAAGGUUCCGUCGGCGGCCAUUCACGGCUUUGACUCGACGCGGGGAUUCCAAGAUUCUCCUUAUUCUCACCAAUAUUCGGCGCAGGCUUACCCGACGCAAGCAAGCCAGGCAGCGAGUCAACUCAGCCAGGACUCGUUCGACUCAACGGCCGCGGACUAUGUGUCGGCCCUUAGAGUAAGCUCAUGGUUGCCCAGGUCCGGGUCACGCAACACCAAGGUUCAGAUUCAUGUUUCCGUGAGCACCAACGUCACGUACUUUUCGGUGUUGUUUGGCGCGCACAGGGUGCAGGCUCAUGUCGAUUUGCACAAGGUCAACGGCAGCGAAGCUAUAUACGCCUUGAGCUGCCUUGUGCCCCAGCACAUGGAGACCAGGAGUCAUACCGCAAACGUGCCAAUGUACCUGCUGGUCGAAGGCCCCAGUGGUGAAGAGAUCCUGAGGGAAGAUUUGGGUCACUUUGUGUAUUGCGAUGCUCAGGUUGGCAGCGCAGGUGGCGGACCGGAGGAUAUCACGAGGAAGCUGUCCAAGUCACCUGGGCAAGUGCAGACUGAGAGCCCGCCCAAGUCCCCCAUUCAGCUCCGACAUGAUUCGACUGCGACUACAAAUAGUUACGACUACCCCAUGCCCCCGCAACAGGCGACCCAAUCGCCGUAUGCCACGGCAUAUCCCCAAGCUGGUAACAACGCAAUGAUUAGCACCUACAGAGCUAGCACCACUUUUACCGACCAAUAUUCGCGGGUGGCGCCUCCCGCGCUCCGCACACCUGCGGGAGGAUGGCCCACGUACAGCUCGCAUCUCGACACCAACCACCGCAGCCCUGCGGGUAUGCAUCAUGGAGGCAUGUCUAGGCCCAACUUGAUGCCCAUGGGCCAGGGAUCGGUGCCGCAGCUCAUCCGCACGAGCACCCUCCAGAGCAGCGCACACAGCAACGGCCAGGGCUUCAACCCUUACGCACUCUACUCCAACAAGGCGGUGCUAGAGAUUGAGGGCAAGUUGGACUCGAUGGCCGAGGCAGGCCCAACCGAGAAACCGAACAACAACACCUGCAUCAGCUGCAUCUGGUGGGAGGAGAAGCGAGAACACUUUGUCACGUCGGUGGAUACGAUUUACCUGCUGGAGCAGCUGGUGGCGGCGCCUUCACGAUUCACGGUGGAGGAGAAGAACAGAAUCCGCAGAAACCUCGAGGGAUUCCGACCGCUGACGGUCAGCAAGACCAAGCCCGACUCGGAAGAGUUUUUCAAGGACGUCAAGGUGUUCCGAUGGAAGUUGCUGGAGUCGGCACUCAAGAAGAUCAUCAGCAAAUACAGCGCGAGCCCUUCGUCCAUGGUCUCCUCAACGCAUAUGCUCACGUCCGGACCUUACCCCCUCUCCCGACUCCUCCUCUCACAGCGGGCGCGGGCGCGGCGGAAGCUCCCAGCGCGUAUGCGGUUCCAGCUCAUCACGGCCACCAUGAUAGCCUAG